AUGGCUGACUCGUCGGCGCCUGAGAAAGACGUCCCCGCCGACGUGAAGGCAGCUCUGAAUCAUGAGAUUGCCGACAACGUCAAGUCGAACACUUCCGCAGCCGCGCCCGACGCCCCUCCAACGAACAAGCCCAAGAAAGAAAAAGCUCCCAAGCAGCCUAAACCACCCAAAGCCCCGGCCGCUCCAGCAGCCCCCGUCUCGCCAGCUCUGAUUGACUUGCGAGUCGGCCAUAUCCUCCGCGCCAUAGCACACCCUAAUGCCGACUCCCUCUACGUAUCGACGAUAGCGAUGGGCGACGCCGAAGGAACCGAACACACCCACGUCGACGAGGAGACAGGAAAGGUGGUUCGAACAGUGUGCUCCGGGCUGAAUGGGCUCAUUCCGCUAGAAGAGAUGCAGAACCGCAAAGUGGUCGUCGUGGCGAACCUGAAGCCAGUCAACAUGCGGAGUAUAAAGUCUGCAGCUAUGGUCCUGGCCGCUUCUCCGCCCGCAAAGGAGGGAGCAGACCCCCACGCAGCGGAUCGUAUUGUGGAACUGGUCAACCCGCCCGAGAGAGCGGAGGCCGGUGACGCGGUGUUCUUCGAGGGCUGGCCGUACGGCGAGGGCAAGGGACCAGAGAAGCAGUUAAACCCGAAGAAGAAGGUCUGGGAGAGCGUGCAGCCGGGGUUCUUCACCAGUGACGAUCUUGCGGUUGGAUUUGAUGCGGGUCGACCAGGCGUGGAGAUUGACGGCGAAAAGGACAAAAAGGGAUGGCUUGUCGUCGAGGGCAAGGGAAGAUGUACGGUGAAGACGCUCAAGGGAGCCGUCGUAAGGUGA